UGAAGAUGUUUGGUGUUGUUUUUUCUGUCAUCCAAGAUAUAGCAGCCGAUAGAUCAAUUGGCUCAUUGCGUGCAGAUGCCGACACUUGUUUCGGCUACUUGUCCUCCUUCGAGUUCAUAUUUAACUUAUGUUUGAUGAAGGAGAUAUUUGAGAUAACCGAAUUGCUUGGCCAAGCUUUACAUAAGAAGUCACAAGAUAUUGUGAAUGCUGUUCAUUUAGUCUCCUCAACUAAAGAGUGUCUCCAACAACUAAGAUCAGAUGAUGGCUACCAAGAAUUUAUUGUCACAGUUGUUGAGUUCUGUACAAACCACUCCAUUGUCAUUCCUGACUUUGAGGAAGCUUACAUCAUGCGUGGUGGCCGUGCCCGCCAUCAACCCAAUCAGCUGACCAAGGAGCAUUACUUUCGAGUCGAAAUAUUCUAUGCAACACUGGACACUCAACUAUUUGAACUAAAUCAUAGGUUCAAUGAGAAGUUUCUACGGCGAGUGCUGAGCGUGCAUUUUCCAGUAUGAAGAUCAUUAAAACAAGGUUGCGCAAUACAAUGGAGGAUGACUUUCUUGCCAAUAACUUGUUAGUUAACAUAGAGGGUGAACUUCUGGAGAAGUACAGCUAUGAAGAUAUCAUUGAAGAUUUCAAAUGCGUGAAGGAACGGAAUGCUGAUUUGUAGUAUGUAACUCCACACAACUUUGCCUGAUGGUCAAAUGGUAUGGCUUAUUUUGGUUUGGAGUAGUAUAUAUGGUCAAAUGUUAUGGCUUAUUUUGGUCUCGGUAGUAUAUAUGUAUAUAUAUGCAUCUGCUCAUCUUGUAUUCAAUGUGAACAGAAGGUGUAGUGACUAUAUCUAUUGAAAUAGUAUAUAUGCUUUAGAAUUUGAAGAAUAUUGUGCUCUUCG